CAGAUUCAAAGGCUGAAGGUCAAGAGGUUAUGUUAUUCAGAAAAGAGGCAGUUUCAAACCAAUUUGUGUUUUUAGUUUAGUCACCGGAAAAUCUGAGUAAUCCAUCGUAUUUUGCCUUUCCAUCAUGGAUGCUGACGAUGGUUUCUCCCUUGGCUUAUCAGGACGAGGAUUAAGGGGAAGAGCUUCUGACUCUAUUAAUGAGCUGAGGGCAACACUAAGCAGCAGCCCAAGGAGGCGUACUGUGGGCAGCAGUCACCUACCGACACCUAGACAGUCUUCCUCAAGCCUCUCCAAAAACACAUCCAGGAGAUCUCUACAUAGAAGCAUCUCAUCACCACGAGAUCUAGAGGCAGGAAGUCUUCAAAACACAAGGUUAAGUGAUAACAGGGCAUUAGAUAACUACAACAAUGCUGUAGACAGGCUCAGAACUCUACUGGUAAACCAUACUCACCAACCAAGCACACUGCCUGGCAGAGGUCGAAGGUCAUUGGAUGUUUUCACUCCUCAGAAUAGCCAGCAUGAGGUUCCCUUUGCCAUGGAGGAUACUUACUCCUACAAACAGUCCCCCAGACUUCCCUUAACAAGCAGCGUGUCUAAGGUACACAACGAACCCAACUCACAGCAGCUUCUGCAGAUUAUCAACAGCCAGAGUGCAUACAUACAGCAGCUAGAGGGAGAGAAUAAAUACUGCAGGGAGGAGCUCCAUGGUCUCAAGGGAAGGACAGAGGCGAUUGCAGCAGAGAACAUCAAGCUGAAUGAUGAGAUGAAAGACAUCCUCAUCAAAUCUGCACUGGAAGAAAGUCCUUUCAGACAGGAUGAGCAGUCAACUCAAGGUAACCUUGAAAGACAGGACAACCAGAGGCAACAUCAGCAAGCUCCAGAUAGACUCAUGUUUGCUCGGUGGAGUGAGGAUCUUGAGAAACUGAAGAAAAUGCAUGGUAUUCGUGUGAAGAGAUUGGAAGACCAGUUAACUUCAACAAAAUCCGAGUUGAUAAACUAUGAAAAACAGUGCAAUGAGCUGAAAGUGAGGCUUCGGAUGGCUGAUUCUGUGAACCUACUAUCAAGGAAAGAUGGUCACAUCAAGGAUGGUCUCUGUGUACGAUGCGCUCAAGAGGAGGCUGUGAUGACAAACCCCAGUCAACCCAUGGACACCACUACCAUUCAUAGGAUAACACAAGAAAGGGAUGAUCUGGUGAGUCGACUUACAGCUAACCAGGCAGUCAAAGAAGAAGCAGAAAUGAGAGAAGCUGAAGCUUAUGACCAGGUGCAGCAAAGUAUUCAACUAGUGGAACAAGCUCAGCUAGAGAGAACAGAGGCCUUGGUACAGACAGAGCAAGCUAAAGAAGACAUCGUCAGACUUCAAAGCAGAAUGGCUGACAUGGUUACAGAGCAACAAGAGAAGCUACAGCUUGAACGAGAGGCAACCAGGAGGGAGAGUCAGGAAGAAAUGGCACAACUCAAUCACAGAGUUGGUAAGCUGUCUGAAGAAUUGGCUGCGAUGACUCAUCAGCUAGAGAGAGUGACCAGAGAGAAAGUAGAUGUUACAUCCGAGUUAGAUCAAGCUAAGAUGCAGAUCAUGCAAAAUGAGGUCCAAAUCACAAAGGUAUCAGAGGACACAAAAGUAUCUACUACUACAGCUAAGGUUCAGAGAGAUGAAGCCAUGAGACAACUAGAAAGACUUAGGGCAUCUAUGGAGUCAGAACUUAGAAGUGCACAACAGGAGAAAUCUCGAGUGAAGAAUGAGUUAUUGGAUGUUCGAAGGAGACUUCAGCAGGCUGAGAAGGAUGCCUCUACAUCACGGGAGGAGUGCAUCCGUUUGGUGGAGAAACUCAAUGCAGCUGAGAGAGAGGCAAGCAUCUUGCGUUUGUCCCAUGAGAGUGUUGAUAAGGGUAACAAAGAUGCUCUUAGGAUGGUGCGUCACAGAGCAGAGAAGAAGGAGCAAGACCUCAAACAAACUAUUCAUGACAUGGAUGCAAAACACAGUCUAGCUGUGAAUGAACUGGAGAACAUGUUAUCAGACCAGCAAGCCUUGAUCACUAAACUGAGGGAAGAAGGUAGAGUCCUCACUGACAGGUUAGAGAGUGGCACAAACAAGUACAGAUCCGAGCUUCACCAACUGAGGCAGGUAAAUGGUGAGCUUGUGGCUCGGUCAGAGCGUCUAUCCCAGCAGCACAAUGAUAUGGAGAUACAGUGUGUGGAGCAUGGGAAGCUACAUCACAGGAUGAAGACUAGGCUGCAACAGAUGGAAGAACAGAAUAACAAGAAUGCUAAACAGAUCUUUGAGCUUCUUCAGAAGCAGACCAGUCUGAUGCAGGAGAGACAGGUCCUCAGCAAGGAGGUAGAGUUCUUACGGAGCCAGAGGACUACUACUACACCUCUAGACCUGAACCGAAGCGAGACCAACUGGCUGAAUAGUGAUGUAGAUAAACUCAAGGGAUUAGGUGGAUUUACCAAGGAGGCAAUGGUACCAAGUCAUGAUCAAGAUAGAUAGCAUAGAUCAUAUCACUGUUCUGUAAGCAUUGAUGGAAUAUGACAGCUCUUUUUUUUUCUUUUUUUCAAUAAUCAAGAACUACCAAGAAUUCUUC